AUGUCGAGUAACGAAUAUUACCCCAAUUAUGGCUAUGUUGGAGCUCCUGCAAAUUAUAAUGGUACCGGAGCCAAUGGUGGCGAUAGUGCCGUCGUAAAUUUAAAUCAAUGGUUCGAUCCAGGUGAUCAGGCUUUUAUCAUCGUAGCAUCAUGUAUGGUUCUACUUAUGCCCCCCGGUCUGGGCUUUCUAUACUCCGGUCUGGCACGUCGAAAGUCUGCGCUCUCGAUGAUAUGGGCUUGUAUGGGUGCCUUUUCCAUAAUAGUUUUCCAAUGGUAUUUCUGGGGUUACUCUCUGGCUUUUAGUUCGACGGCUACAAAUGGGUAUAUUGGAAACUUGAAACAUUUCGGUUUGAUGAAUACGCUGGGUACACCAAGUCCCGGAAGUCCUUUGAUUCCCGAGUUGUUGUAUAGUUUUUAUCAGUUACAAUUCUGCGCAACAACUGCCGCAAUUGUCGUAGGAGCUGUCGCUGAACGAGGUCGUUUGGUUCCUAUGAUGGUAUUCAUAUUCUUUUGGGCUACAAUUGUGUACUGUCCAGUCGCAUGUUGGGUAUGGAAUGUCAACGGUUGGGGAUUCAAAUAUGGUGUUCUCGAUUAUGCGGGUGGUGGACCAGUCGAAAUCGUUUCGGGUAUGUCCGCGCUUGCAUAUUCGAUGGUCUUGGGCAAGAGACAAGAAAAGAUGAUGUUGAAUUUCCGACCACAUAACGUCUCGUUGAUUACCUUGGGUACGAUUUUACUGUGGUUUGGAUGGUUAGGAUUCAACGGAGGAAGUGCUUUUGGAGCCAAUUUAAGAGCUGUCAUGGCUUGUUGGAACUCGUGUUUGGCAGCUAUGUUUGGAAGUAUCACCUGGUGUUUGUUGGAUUGGAGACUCGCGAGAAAAUGGUCCAUGGUAGGCUGGUGUUCAGGCUGUAUCUCUGGUCUUGUAGCCGCCACACCCACAUCCGGAUUCAUUCCCCCUUGGGCCUCCGUCAUUCUCGGCAUUGUCACCGGUAUCGUCUGCAAUUACAGCACCAAAAUUAAGUUCUGGAUCCGCAUUGACGAUUCCAUGGAUGUGUUAGCUGAGCACGGCAUGGCCGGUGUCGUAGGACUAAUUUUCAAUGCUUUGUUUGCUGCAGACUACAUAAUCGGUCUUGACGGUGUCAACACCGGAGUCAUUACCGGCGGCUGGCUCAACCACAACUACAAGCAACUCUAUAUUCAAAUUGCCUAUAUUGUCGCCUGUACCGCCUAUUCCUUCGUCGUUUCCGCCCUCCUCGCUAUCAUCAUUAACUACAUCCCCGGUCUUCAUCUCCGCGCCUCAGAAGAAGCUGAGCUCCUUGGUAUGGACGACGAUCAACUUGGCGAAUUCGCAUACGAUUACGUCGAGGUAAGACGUGACUACCUUGCCUGGACACCCGCAAAAGAUGAACCAGAAAACGUGGAAAGUAACGUAAAUCCCGAGGAUCGUCACGGUAUCCCCGAACACUCAGACAUGAUAACCGGCCAUUCGGAUAUGAUUACGGGACAUGCACCAGGGAGUGGAAGAAACAGUGGAAGUGAAGCGGAUGCGAGGGCAGGAAAUUCUCAUUCGACGAUUAUGGGUGACAGACACGGAAUUGCUGCAACAGAUAAAGAGAAGGCUGCUUUGGCGAGAGAGGCACAAAAUAACUGA